GCUCGGAUGUUUUUACCUUGUGCUAGGUUUGUGACUUAUAAUUUAAUAUUGAAUUUGCAGUAAAUAAAUAACAUAUCUGUAUAUACAUACCCUAUAUAUUAAGUUGACUAUUGAUAGUGCUUAUAUAUUUUGAGUUCAUGUGCAAAGACGUCAUUGAUUCAUCAAGAUCCUACUUUGGGCCCAGGACAACCGCCAAGCAUGCUCCGUACAAAAACUACAGCUACUGAUAUGACAUGUAACCUGUUUUAUCCCUGCUGACGUAUGUAAACAAUCAGUCAGAGUUUCAAGCCGAACAAUUACAGGAUCAUCAUGGCAUACAGUAGCAAUGUUCAUAUUUGUGAGGGAAAGGACAUUCAGCAAAUCAUCAGUGAAGUGCAAGAAAGCCUGACAGAGAUUACAGUGGAAGCACUAGAGAAUGGAAAACCUACCAAGGACAGAUACAUCAAGGCUAAAGUAUUGACCAAAUGGCCGCUAUUACCACAUAAAAACAAAGGCACCACCUUGAUGAAAACCAUUUUGCAGGAUGUGGAAGGGAAAAGUGAGACAAUCAGUGGAUGUUUUUGGGGUGAUUAUGCAACAGCCUGUGACUGUUUGGAAGUUGGGGAUGUUCUUGUGAUGAAUGAUGUCUUUUUGGAGAAAAACACAAAUAGAUUUGUGACCAGCCACACAUGCCAAAUAAUUGUGGAUGAAAGAAAAAGCAAGCCUAAAAUCUGGAUUGUCAAAAAACAAAAAGAUGACAGUGGAGAAUUGCCUGAUGUAAUAGAAACAGAAAGACCUGGGUCAGAAAGAAGUCCAACCAAGGGCAAGAUGCCUGUACAGGAAAAACAGAAAACAAGGAUCAAAAACAGAGAAGUGCAACACAAAGAUAAAGACAGGGACACAUUUCAAAUGAGAAUUAAACUUCAGAAAUCUCAAAAUAAAAUGAGGGAAGCAACAAAAAUAAGAGAUGCAACUUCAGAUGAUGGAGAAGAGGAAACGGGGUUUGAAAGCAACAUGGAAGUCUCUUAUACCAGUGGCAGAUCAAAUAGAAAUAAUGCUGAUAAAAACCCAGGAAAUCGCCCUGUUGAUUGUCAAGGAAGAGCAGAAGCAACUGUCAACAAACAAAACACAACUGUCUCCCCAGAAAGACCUGUUAAAAAGCUAAAGGUGGGUGAAACGAACAGGAAGUACACGUACGUCCCUCUGAGUAAACUGACCAGAGGAGCCACAGUGGACGUUUACGCCGUGGUCAAGUUUUUCAAACCACCCACUAAGACACGAGGUUCAGACUACUACAUGGUACUCUCCUUGGUGGAUCCAUCUCUAGCAGACAAGGAGAAAAUCAAAUGCAUUUUGUUUGCAAAGAGUGCUACAGAUUUACCGCCUGUCCAGACUGAGGGAGAAAUAGUCAGGAUGCAUAGACUGAAGAUUGGGACUUUUAAUGGGGAAUUACAAGGACAGAACGGGCCAGGCUUCUCCUGUAUUGUUUUCUCUGCUGACCUGGAGGAUCCCAUUGAACCUAAGUCCACCACCAGGGGGUACACUUUGACUGACCAAGACAGGCUGAAGGUGGAGGAGCUUAGAGAAUGGUCUUUACAAGGGGAAUGUUUUAGUCAAGAAAGGGAUAACAGGUGCACUCUGGGAGAAUGUGUGGUUGGCCAGUACUUUGAUUUGUUCCUGGUCAGUUUAUCAUGCUGAAGAAUCUCCAUGCUGCUAUGUACAAGGAUGAAGACACCCGUCCCGAGUUGAGUGCUGUCCCCACCAUAGAACUCUGCCUGCACAAAGGGACAUCAUAUGGCCGAGGAAUAAUGGUCAUGGCUGAAGGCAGCGGAGAAGUGACCUGUUUAAAAGAAAUUAUGAAUGGGGUUUGUCCUCAGCUGCAAGAUGAAGGGGCACCUGGUAGUCCCAACAAUCCUCAGCCAAGUACUUCUAUGGGUAAAUCCACAAGCCCUGGAAAGAUGGGGGAAGCAGCAAACAAAAACUCUAACAGUAUGACUAGCAGAAAUGUGAUAUUACCUAGUUCUCCCCAACCCAGUACAUCCAGAGGAGUUUCAAAAAGCCCAAGAAAAAGNAGCAGAAAUGUGAUAUUACCUAGUUCUCCCCAACCCAGUACAUCCAGAGGAGUUUCAAAAAGCCCAAGAAAAAGUAGAGACACAGCAGACCAGAGGUCAAGCAGGUCAGAACAUAGUAUUGGGCAUUCUAUGGAACCAAGAGUAGAAAAUGUAGUCAUAAUUGAUGAGAGCGAGUCUCUUGAUUUGAACAGCAGUCCCAGUGGCAAAGACACAGUGGGAGGUGCCCAGGCUGGUGGUGCCUCCUAUAGUCCAAGAAAAACACCACAUCAGGCUAGGAAAGUGGACAGAUGCCUUUUGAAAACUGCAUCAGUUAUCAACGGACACCAUCACUUAGAAAUCUCCACAAUACAAGAAGUCUUACAUCACAGUGUUCCCCACACGUUCCGAGUUCUUGCCCAGGUCCUGGACUACCAACCCAAGCAGCCUCCAUACAUACGACUGACGUGCCCUAUGUGCCAUUACUUGGCGGUUCCAGACUCCAAAUGGCUUUCGGAGCACGCUCCCAGCAGAGUACAGGAUAAAGUUCCUUACUAUUCCUGUCCUCAGUGUGACCAAAGGUCAAUCUCAGCAGCAACCAGUUCCGAGUGGUCAGUAACCAGGGUGACCAGUGCCGGGACUGAAGUGACCAGCACAGAUGGUCAGGUAGUGGUCAAUGGGCAGGAACUAGAAUAUGUGUACAUGAUGGAGUUUUUACUGGAGGAUGGGACUGGCUGGCUGGUGGCUAGAAUCUGGAAGCAGCAUGCAGUCACUUUCCUAAAUGACCUUCCUCCUGAAACGCUCAUCUGGCAGGAGGACGGAUUAAAGUUUGUGGAAGGACAGUUAAAGGAAUUGUCCCCAAUGCCAGGAAGAAGUGAGCAAAAACCAUGGCUGGAAUGUUGUCUGCUGUCAUACAAUGGUCCAAAUGGUGAACGGCUUUAUCACAUAUUUGAUACUACUUUGGCGUUGGACUGUUUGUAA